UUAGGCUUGAAUUUCACGUAAACGGUGAUUUGGGCUUUUGCUUUUUCUUGUAGCCCAGAACUUUUUCCGAUAAGCCACGUGGAAUCAUCUUAACCGUUCAUCUUAUUCGUUCUCUUUCUUUUCCUACCGUCCAUUCUCAAAUAACCCUAAUAAAUUUGGAUUUCUCGUUGAAGAGAUUUAUUGGAAUCUUGGAAUCCCCGCUGUUCUUUCUUUUCUCGUUUCGUCAUCCUUUUGUUUUUCGCAGAUCUAUUCGCCAUGGUUUCUCCUCCAUGGAUUUUGCUUCGAGAAUUCGUUAGAUCGCUUCAAGAUCUGCCUUCCGAUACCAGAUUUGGUUUCAUAUGUUGAGGAGAGGUUCCAUCCGUUGGAUCUACGUCUUAGCCUUCCGUCUGCAUAGAUCGAAGGAAUAAAGAUCGUUGAUUGGUUUGAUAUCAGAAUCCAACAUCGAAAGGUGGAGAUUUCUUGGCUGGCUAAUUUGAGGCGGCUGAAAUUGAAGAUCACCUAUCUUUGCUUUGAUGGUAGGAAGCUGAAAAAGGAGAACUGCAAUGGACAUGGACAAGGACAAAACAGCAGCUGCCCUUGAAGCUAUUAGCAAGGAAACUGUUGAUCUGGAGAACAUCCCAGUUGAAGAGGUUUUUGAAAAGCUGAAAUGCACAGAACAAGGUUUAAGCUCUGAUGAGGUUCAGCAGCGGUUGGAGCUUUUUGGUUACAACAAACUUGAAGAGAAAAAGGAAAAUAAAAUACUCAAAUUUUUGGGAUUUAUGUGGAAUCCUCUCUCAUGGGUUAUGGAAGCAGCUGCUAUUAUGGCCAUCUCUCUUGCGCAUGGAGGGGGAAAGGACGUAGAUUACCAUGAUUUUAUUGGCAUUCUGGCACUACUUAUUAUCAAUUCAACAAUCAGUUUUAUAGAGGAAAACAAUGCAGGAAAUGCAGCUGCAGCCCUUAUGGCUCGAUUGGCUCCAAAAGCAAAGGUUUUACGUGAUGGGAAAUGGAACGAGGUAGAUGCUUCUGUGUUGGUUCCUGGAGAUAUUAUCAGUAUCAAACUAGGAGACAUUAUUCCUGCUGAUGCUCGUUUGCUUCAAGGAGAUCCUCUUAAAAUCGAUCAGUCAGCUCUAACAGGAGAGUCGCUCCCGGUGACAAAACAUCCCGGGGAAGGAGUUUACUCAGGCUCAACAUGUAAACAAGGUGAAAUUGAGGCAGUUGUUAUUGCAACUGGUGUACACACUUUCUUUGGGAAGGCAGCUCAUCUUGUGGAAACCACAACACAUGUUGGGCACUUUCAACAGGUCUUAACUGCAAUCGGGAACUUCUGUAUAUGCUCCAUUGCCAUUGGGAUGUUGAUUGAACUCAUUGUUAUAUAUGGCCCUCAAGGAAGGGCUUAUCGUACCGGUAUAGAUAACUUGCUCGUUAUACUUAUUGGUGGUAUCCCAAUUGCCAUGCCAACCGUGCUUUCUGUCACUAUGGCAAUCGGCUCUCAUCGCUUGUCUCAGCAGGGUGCCAUAACAAAGAGAAUGACUGCUAUUGAGGAAAUGGCAGGAAUGGAUGUGCUUUGCAGUGAUAAAACAGGCACACUGACUCUCAACAAACUUACAGUGGACAAAACUUUGAUAGAGGUUUUUGUCAACAACGUUGACAAGGAUAUGGUUGUUUUGAUGGCGGCAAGAGCUUCAAGGUUGGAGAAUCAAGAUGCUAUAGAUGCUGCAAUUGUUUCAAUGUUGGCUGAUCCUAAGGAGGCACGAGCUGGAAUCACAGAGGUUCACUUCCUUCCCUUUAAUCCAACUGACAAGAGAACUGCCCUUACUUACUUUGAUGAAGCUGGUAAGAUGCAUAGAGUCAGCAAAGGUGCACCAGAGCAGAUACUGAAUCUGGCCUGGAAUAAAUUGGAUAUUCAAAAGAAAGUUCACUCCAUAAUUGAUAAAUUUGCUGAGCGUGGACUUCGAUCCCUUGCAGUUGCUCGACAGGAAGUUCCUGCUGGUAAUAAAGAUAGUCCUGGAGGACCAUGGGAAUUUGUUGGUCUUCUGCCUCUAUUUGAUCCACCCCGCCAUGACAGUGCAGAGACCAUUCGAAGGGCCCUGGAUCUUGGUGUCAGUGUUAAGAUGAUAACAGGUGACCAACUGGCAAUUGCUAAGGAGACAGGAAGAAGACUUGGGAUGGGCACAAACAUGUAUCCUUCAUCAUCUCUGCUUGGUGACAAAAAGAAUGAAGCAAUUGGAGCUUUACCAAUUGACGAACUUAUUGAGAGUGCUGAUGGAUUUGCUGGAGUUUUUCCUGAGCACAAGUUUGAGAUUGUGAAAAGACUACAAGCUGAGAAGCACAUAGUUGGAAUGACGGGUGAUGGGGUCAAUGAUGCACCUGCAUUGAAGAAAGCAGACAUAGGGAUUGCAGUUGCAGAUUCCACAGAUGCUGCUCGAAGUGCUUCAGAUAUUGUUUUGACAGAACCUGGUCUGAGUGUGAUCAUUAGUGCUGUUUUAACCAGCCGUGCAAUCUUUCAAAGAAUGAAGAAUUACACGGUAUAUGCAGUAUCGAUCACAAUUCGUAUAGUGUUGGGGUUUAUGCUGCUCACUCUAAUCUGGAGGUUUAAUUUCCCUCCUUUCAUGGUCCUAAUCAUUGCCAUUCUUAAUGAUGGAACCAUUAUGACAAUAUCUAAAGACAGGGUCAAACCAUCACCAGUUCCUGACAGUUGGAAGCUCAAAGAAAUUUUUGCUACUGGGAUUGUCUUAGGCUCCUACCUGGCCUUAAUGACCGUUAUAUUCUUCUGGGCUGCCUAUGAAACUGAUUUCUUUCCGGAUAAAUUUAGCGUAAGAAGCUUAUGCCAUAAGAACUUUAAUCUUACAGAAAAGGCGGGCAAAGACAAUUUGAAUGCACUGUUAGCAUCUGCAGUUUACCUCCAAGUUAGCACCAUCAGCCAGGCUCUAAUAUUUGUGACUCGCUCUCAGGGAUGGUCAUUCAUGGAAAGACCCGGUCUUCUGCUUGUUAUUGCUUUCAUCAUUGCUCAACUGGUUGCAACUGCUAUUACUGCUGAAGCAACAUGGGGUUUUGCUGGAAUCAAAGCUAUUGGCUGGGGAUGGUCAGGUGUUGUUUGGCUUUACAACAUUUUAACUUAUGCACUGCUUGAUCCCAUCAAGUUUGCAGUUCGAUAUGCACUUAGUGGUAGAGCUUGGGAUCUUGUGUUUGACAAAAGAACGGCCUUCAACACUCGAAAGGACUUUGGUAAAGAAGCUCGUGAGGCUGCAUGGGCCGCUGAACAGCGAACAAUCCAUGGCCUACAGUCUACGGACUCAAGGAUCUUCUCUGAAAAGCACACGCUUAGGGACAUCAGUUGCAUGGCAGAAGAAGCCAAAAGGCGUGCAGAGAUUGCAAGAUUAAGAGAACUUCAUACCCUGAAAGGCAGAGUGGAGUCGUUUGCCAAGUUGAGAGGUUUGGAUAUUGAUGUCAAUGCACAUUACACAGUCUGAGAGGGUUACUCUCAUGUUCCCAACAGCAUUUCGAAUAUCAUUCCUCACUUGUUUUUGUCUUUUUGUUUUGCUUUCUCGAAUUGUAUCCAACCACUUUCAAGCGGUAGUUUUCUGCCCCUUAAUAUCCAAAAUGAAACUGAUGUUACUCAAUGAUUAUGAACCAUCAAUAAGAACCUGUAAUGCCAAUAACAUCAUUUACACUUCCUCCCAAACUAUGGUAUUGUUAUUUCAUUAUUCUUCUUCUUAUAAUUGUCUAUCAUACCAUAAUUGUAAUAUUAAUCUUCUUAUAAUGAAUCAUGCCAUGAUUCCAACCUAUUAAGACAUCCUAAUCAUUGAUUCUUUUAUUAAUUUCUGGCACUGAUGGAUUUGGCAGCUGGAAAUUGCCUGAUAGUUUGGCAGAAGACUUGAUUAGAAGACAUAAUGGGAAAAUGAAGUUACGUAAGAUAGGGCAAAGACUUCAAAAUAAUGUGGAAAUAAAAAUUUGUAGAAUGAACAUGACACAUGUUACCGUUCAGCUUUCAAUGUCCACUUUUGCAUGGUACCGUUUUAUCAUGACACGGCUUCUUAUUCAUCACGUGAACAACAAGAUUUCAAUGUCAAUUAAUUAAAGUUAAUUAAGUUAAAACUCGAGAGAAACAUCAUUAAAUUAAGGUUUCGUUUAAUUUCAUAUUCAAUUUCAAUUUUAUUAUAUCCCUUUUUUUGCAUAACUAAGAUGUGUUUUUAGAAGUGUAUUUGUCUUUUAAGGUUACCGACAACGAUCCAC